AUGAGUACAUUUAUUUCGACAAAAUAGGAAUCUUUUAUCGAGAGAUAAAUAAAUACUUAGCAACCAGAGACCAUAAAACAAUAUACAUCAUAUACAACUGAACCUACAUUGUUAAAGGAAGACUAUGCUGUUAAGAAGAUUGAAAGACCAGAGGCUUAUUAAUUUUGGCACAAAAAGGAGAAAUAUAAUUCAUAUGCAAGCAGAGUACUUAAUACAAAUUACCGAUCGUGUUCUGUGAUAAAUCCUGGAUAGAGCUUCCAAAUAAAUAAUGCUGGAAGUGGAAUAAGUUAAACAUAGGUUGAUAGUGAAUUUUAAUGCUGUACAAAAUAAUAGAUGGUUGUUUCUGUUGUGAUAGUAUCAAGAGAAGAAAUUGAGCAGCCGUGGAGAGAAGAAUGUCUAUAUCUACAAUCAGUAAUAAAAGAAUUGGAGAAAAAAAAAGAAAUCAAAGUAAUAAAGGAAAUAGAUUACGCAAGAAUCAAGGAACUUGAAGAGGAAAAUGAGCAUUUACAAAUCGAAUUAUAGCAAGCAUAAGAGAGUACUUUGAUAACAGAAAGAGUGACAUAGAAUAAUAGUGAAGUUGAAGUGUGGAAAAGGAAGUUUUAAGAAGUGAAUCAUGAUUAUAAUGAAGCUUAAGAGAAGUUAAUGAACGUCGAAAUUGAAUUGGAAGCCUUAAAGAAGGAGAAAGCCAGAGCAGCCACUGCAACUACAACAGUCACUAGAUCAACUGUAAGAACUGGCACUUCAAGCGUUAGAUAGGCAGGACAAAUUUGA